AUGCUGCAAUUGCACAAUUUUAUUCUAUACAACUUUAUUCACAUGGCCAAAUUGAGUCACGUCUUCAUAUUGCACUGCUGGUCAAUGGACUCACUUGCACACUUAGCGACGUUGGCACAGUCUAAAAAUGUUUUCACUCAAUUUCAACCACUAGACUCGUCACUUCAUUUAAAUGAUAACUUUCUUAAUCACAAUAUUCUAAAGUUGGGCGUGUUCUUGGAUAUCAAUUGCAAUCAAAGCGAUGUUGUUUUGAAAAUGGCCAGUGCUAAGAGACUUUAUAGUCAUCGCUAUCAUUGGCUCAUCUACGAUACAUCAAUGGAUUUUUCCCAAAUAGAAACUCAUUUCAAGGAGGCCCAGCUCUUUGUUGAUACUGAUCUGACCUAUGUCACGCAUGAUCCUAACACAGAAAACUUCAUACUCUACGAUUUGCACAACAAGGGAAGGCAACUAGGUGCAACAUUAAAUAUAACAGCCGAUCGGGAAAUUAACUGCAAUGAACGAGAGUGUCGAGUUAAGCGAUAUCUGAGUGAUCUUCACACAAGGAAUCUCCUGCAGCACAGAAAGUCCUUUACGGGAUUAACCAUGAGGGCCACUGCUGUAGUGACCGCUUUACCACUGAACAGCUCUAUAGAGAAGAUCUUUGAGUUUAUGGAGGCCAAGGAUCGACUUUACCUGGACACAUACGGCAGAUUGGGUUAUCAAGCCCGACAACCCCUGAGGGAUAUGUUGGACUGCAAGUUUAAGUACAUAUUUAGAGAUCGCUGGUCGGAUGGCAAUGCAACAGGCGGCAUGAUCGGCGAUCUCAUCCUGGAUGUGGCUGAUUUAGCAAUAGCUCCUUUCAUCUACUCGUUUGAUCGUGGCAUAUUUCUGCAACCCCUCACAAAGUUCAGUGUUUUCCGGGAGAUGUGCAUGUUUCGGAAUCCCAGAUCCGUGUCCGCUGGCCUGAGUGCCACCGAGUUUUUGCAACCCUUCAGCGGGGGAGUUUGGCUGACAUUCGCGCUUCUACUUCUGCUGGCUGGCUUUCUCCUUUGGAUCACCUUUAUUUUGGAGCGUCGGAAGGAGUGGAUGCCGUCGCUACUAACCAGUUGCCUCCUUUCCUUCGGAGCUGGCUGCAUUCAGGGGGCCUGGUUCACACCGCGAUCGAUGGGCGGUCGAAUGGCCUUCUUUGCCCUGAUGCUGACCUCCUUCCUGAUGUACAACUACUACACGUCCAUUGUGGUGUCCAAGUUGUUGGGUCAGCCAUCCAAGUCGAGCAUCCGGACUCUGCAGCAACUGGCGGACAGCAGCCUGGAGGUGGGCAUAGAGCCAACUGUCUACACCCGCACCUAUGUGGAGACCUCCGAGGAGCCGGAUGUGCGCAGUCUGUACCGGAACAAGGUGCUGGGCGGCAAACGUUCGCCAGAUCGCAUUUGGAUUCCCACCGAAGCUGGGGUCAAGUUGGUGCGGGAUCAGGAGGGCUUCGUCUACAUAUGCGGAGUGGCUACGAGCUACGAGUUUGUCAGGAAGUACUUCCUGCCCCACCAGAUCUGCGAGCUCAACGAGAUUCCAUUGCGCGACGCCUCCCAUACUCAUUCGGUUGUGGCAAAGAAGUCCCCAUAUGCGGAGCUAUUCAAACUAAAUGAGUUACGGAUGUCGGAGACAGGGAUUCACUUCAAGCACGAGCGGUAUUGGAUGCAGACCAAGCUCCACUGCUACCAGCACAAUCACACGGUAGCAGUGGGUCUGGAGUACGCUGCUCCCCUGUUCAUCCUUCUACUAGGAGCGAUCAUUCUCUGUGUGGGCGUGCUGGGAUUGGAGGUCAUUUGGCACCGCCAUUCCACGCUACAUUAA